UCUGGCUACAGGAAGGCUCUAGUUCGCCACAAGAUGAUUGGUCUGGUUGUCCUCACACUCCUGGGAGCUGCAGCUGCAGCCCCAAUGGAUGACAAAAUUGUAGGUGGCUACCAGUGUGAAGCACACUCUCAACCCUGGCAGGUCUCUCUCAAUAUUGGCUACCACUUCUGUGGUGGCUCCCUCAUCAACAACCAGUGGAUCGUCUCUGCUGCCCACUGCUGGCAAAACCCUUUUUCACAGAUUGCAAUCGUGGGUGACAAUCACAUCUGGAUGCACGAAGGCACCGAGCAGUACAUGUCAGUGGAUGCCAUCUACUGGCAUGAGAGCUAUGAUUACCAGACCCUGGACUAUGACAUUAUGCUGAUGAGGUUGGCGCACCCUGUCACCGUGAAUCAGUACGUCAAGCCCGUCUCCCUGCCAAGAGCUUGCCCCACGCCCGGGGACAUGUGCACAGUGUCCGGAUGGGGGAACAUCUACACAGAUCAAGUGUUCAACCCAUUUUACCUUCAGUGUGUAAAGGUUCCCAUUCUGUCAGACAAGGACUGUGAAGCUUCCUACCCUGGUAAGAUCACUGACCGCAUGGUGUGCGCUGGAUACCUGGAGGGAGGCAAAGAUGCUUGUCAGGGUGACUCUGGUGGUCCUCUGGUGUGUAAUGGGGAGUUGCAGGGUAUCGUCUCUUGGGGCCAGGGCUGCGCUCAGCCUAAUUACCCAGGGGUUUACACCAAAGUCUGCUCUCUAAUGCCCUGGAUCAACAAUAUUCUCUCCAGCUACAGCUAGGCUGUGAUCUCCCAUCACAGAACUACAUGAGAGAGGGAGAAACCACGGCGAGAUUAAAAUUGAAGGAGACGGCAACAGGAGGCGGUGGGUGGGCAGUGUUAGAGAGAAAAGAAGCAAGGGGGAGGCUGAGAGAACCACAAGGAGAAACUGUGGGGAAGGCAGGGUCAAUUCAAUAAAAUCCACCAUUUUUUGAUG